AUGUUAAUAUGCCUUACAAUGUAAGGCGGGAACUUACCAAUAAUUAUAUGCGUAUCGUACGGUUGAGUGACAAUCAAACCAUCUGACAUAAAAUCACGUGUCACACAACUCGUCAUUAUAUUCGGGUGCUCUGUAUAAUGUAGUCAUUGUUAUCGCGCAGUGUAUAAUAUCAUUUAUUAGUUAUUAAUAACACAGUACAUAGCUCGUAAUUUUUGUAAUUUUUGUAAUAAUUGUGUUAGUAUUAUUAAAAUACAUUAUUUUGUACGAACCGGCGUCGUUGUCUGAAGGUCACGACUAUCGAGUAUUACUUAUAAAGUUCCAAUAAACCUCAAUAAUAGUUUACACGCAGAUGAAGUGCAAAUAGAAAAGGAACWCAGCUGAAGUAUGCAGGAUCAGAAAAAAAUGAAUAUGUUACCAACGACGUUGGUUUUGCUCACCAUAAUAGCGGCGACCAUUUUGAAUGAUUGCGACGCUUACUUGAGUGAAGCAGCCAUUAAAAAAACACAACAGAUGUUGAAAUCCGUAUGCUCCAAGAAAUAUGCAGUUGAAGAGGACGUAUUUUCCAACAUCAAGAAAGGAAUAUUUCCGGAGGACAACAACAACAUAAAAUGUUACUUUUCCUGUAAUUUCAAAACUAUGCAAUUGAUCAAUCAAAAAGGAUCUCUUGAUAAAAAAAUAUUCAAAGACAAAAUGUCAAUGAUGGCUCCACCGAAUGUGUACAGCAUUUUUUUACCAGUUAUUGAGCAGUGUAUCGGAAAAGAUAAUGGUGAAGAACUCUGUCAGGCUUCAUAUAACUUCAUAAAGUGCGCGCAUCACGUUGAUCCUAAAAGUUUAGAGUAUCUACCACUAUAGACAUCGUCACCUUCAAUCAGCAGCUGAUAGAUCUCGAGCACAAAGGAACAUUAGUUUUAUAGUCUGAAGUGUUUUUUUUUUUUAAUAAUGAUAAUAAUAUGUGAUUUGUAUAAUAAUUGUAGAACAUAUUGUGUGUAGGUA